AUGGCUACCAAUCCCACCACCACCACUCCAGUCAAGCGGGCUUGCGACAGUUGUCACCGCAGAAAGGUCAAAUGCAUAGGCGAAGGCACCGCACCAUGCAAGAACUGUGUCUCCGCCGGCCUGGCAUGUACCUACAAUGCCGUUCCCCAGAAGAAGGGCCCCAAAGGGAGCCGCGCCAAAGUUCUAUCUGAGCUGCGCGAGAACCAACGCAAUGCCCAACUGGCUGCUGGAUACCCAUCCGAACUAGGAUUCGACGGUCGCGCCCUCACCGCCUCGUUUGCCCGUACACCAGGCCUACUGGCUCCAGGCCUUGUCGAGAGCUGUAUCGAGUACUUCUUCGCCCAUGUCUACCCUUCAGAACCCCUUCUGCAUCGUCAAAGGGCACAAGAGACGGCCAUGAACAUGGACAGAUCCACCGAGUCGUACUGCGUAAUCGUCGCCCUCUGCGCCUAUGUCAUGAUCAAGGCGAACAUGAAGGUCUCCCCCACCAUGCUCCCCCGCCCAGAGAUGGCUCAAAUGUCGAAUGUGAGCUUUGGGCAUAUCCUUCUCGAGGAAUCGGUUCGCGUCCGACAAGGUUACGACUUUCGGGAGAACCCUACACACUUGACCGUCCUCACAUCCUACUUCUACAGUGGCUGCUAUUUUGGAUUGGGCAGAGAGAACACAGCAUGGGCGUAUUUGCGAGAUGCAACAACUCAGGCGCAUAUCCUCGGUAUGCAUGACGAAGACACAUACAAGCACGACCCUAUGGACAUCUCGCGAAAGCGAGUACUGUACUGGCUGCUUUUCAUCGCAGAAAGGAACUUUGCACUUCACAAGCACCGCCCAAUUUCCCUAUAUCCGACAAUUCACCCGCCGACUCUAGACGAGGCAUCGUCCGACCGCCAAUUCGCGUCUGGCCUCGAGCUCAUGAUCAACAUGUACAAAAUCAUCGACGAUACAUUUAUCAACCUCUGGAACCGAGUUCACACACAUGCGAAUCCCGCGUGGAUCGCACAGCUCCAAACCCAGCUGGCCGAAGCUGUACCCGCAUAUCUAGAUUGCAACGAAGCCCAAUCCGUGGAGAUACGCGUCACGCAACACUGGCUGCGCGCACAGGCAUGGCAACUGUGCGUAACGCAGGGAUUAGUGAGCAGCGUCACAAGUGAUAGCCCGCUAACGUUCAAGUACCCCAUUGAGAUUGCACGGGACUUGCUCACUGCGACCCACCAAUUUUCACAACAAUCCAUGGAAGUGCAUGGCGCUGGACUGAUCGAAAAGCUCUUCGACGUGGCCUGCUGCCUUACCGAUGUCGUUGCUGUCACAUCGUUUUCGCCGGAUGCAUUCGCCCUGGGCCCUCGUGACUACGUUUCCCGCUUCCUGACCCUCAUCUCCACUCUACGUGGUGGACAGUCCCGGUACCUGCCGCUCCUACUUGCCAAGCUCUCCGAAGUACUGCCCAACCUUCCACUGCCCCGGUCUCUCAACCUCCCGCAAGGGGUAUCCACGUCGUCGAUCGGCCUUUCUGGCACAGGCUCUCCAACUGUCCCUUCUAACGUUGGUGAUGAUUUCUCGGCGAUGGGCCAAGGUACCUCUCCUUCCUACCCAUCGAACGACUUGAUACGUCGGUUAGCAGCCCAGACGGGGGCCCAGCUUCCCUUCAAUCCACCUCAGCACUCGUCCUACCCAGCCCCCACGAGUCAUGUAGAGGAUCUGUCCUUGUAUGAUACGUCCCACAGCACUACCCAUUCCUCUGGUUCUGUACCCAGAAGCACCUCCGCCACACCGGGUCCCUAUGAGCCCUCCAUGUCACAGUCGCGGACGCAGAUUGUGGGGCAUUCCACCAUGCAGAUCCCAACUUCACAUCCUCAGCACAACCACAUGCAGUCUCACCACGUGGAGGAAUCGGCUGGCACCGCCGUUGGCGCAAUCGGCUGGGUUCUACACAAAGGAAACGGCGUUGAGGGAUGCAAACUACCAGACUCCCCCGCACAGUAG